ACAGUUCAGUACAGUGUGUCGUACGGUCUAUAAGAGUAAUCUCCAUAAUUUAACUCACAACUUAUUUUUUUUCGUUUUUGGUUAUAUUUGUUUUGGUUUUUUUUCAUAACGCCUUUUUUUUAUUUUGCAAUUUUCUGUAAGAAUUAAAAAUUUCUAAGUUUCCGAAAUCUUUAGUAAUACAAAGCAGUAAAUAGGCAUCAAAGAGGAAAGAAGAACAAUGGAGUCCGAUUCGGGUGAGAUAAAAGAUGCCAUGGAGGUUGUGGUCCCCGAAGAUGAUUCCUCGAAUGUCGUCCAGGAAACUGAGGAAGAUACAGCAGCAGAACUGACUCCCAAGACUAGCGAUGUCGCCACCAAUACUGACGAGCCGAACAAUGUAAGGCCAGUGGCUGUUGUGCAACCACGUCGUCUGGACGAGGACUCGAAACAGGCUGAUAGCCUUUUUGAUUAUGCCCAGGUUGCCGCCUUGGAAUACGGCAUUUCCCGCUUUCUUUCAGCCCGUGACAACAUCCCUGGCCCCACCUACACAGCCAGUCCAUUGUGUACUAGCUCGGAUGCCGGAAGUAGCUCUUCCUCUGAUGGCCGCAGUUCCCGCCGCGGAGUCUACUCCACUUUUGUGAACCUUAGCAGAGUUGUUCUAUUCUCGACCUUGCCACCUCCCCCUCCGGCUGUCUCCUUUUAUCCGGGUAAUUCCCUCUUCUUCAAUUCAACUGCUGUCCGUGAAGGAGCUAUUUAUGUGGAGGAGUACAUCCGCGAGUUGUUGAGCCUCAACCUGCGUCGCAUCAGACACGAUCGCAGCUUUAUGGAUCCAAGCAAUGUGGAGACCCGCCGUAGACUACGCCGAAACUUCCGUUCCGUACUAUCUCUUCUGAGGAAUCUGACCACCGAUUAUGCCCGCUCCCUUGGCUGUAAUCCCAUGGAGCUGACAGAGUUCCGGCAGUUGCGUUCGCUUUACUUGGCGGCACGUCGCAUUGGACGUUCGAUGGGGCGUUCAGAGGCGCCUCGGUUCCCCAGGCAGAACAGCGAAGCUGGCGUUGAGGGUGAUGCAGAUGACUCUGAGGCCGAGGAUGCCCCAGCUAGGAAUGAAGCGGACAUAUUGCCGGCUGUUGAGCGAUUCAUCCAGUUGCUGGGACGGAAUGUUCCAUCGGGACACAAUUCCAUACCCAUCAUGCUGGAUGGCAGUUCCCCGUACGUACAGGCCCUGAUCAGCGAGCGCCGUCACCUUCAAGAUGAGGAGGAGGAGGAGCAGUUUGGAGUAGAUCCCAACCCCAAUCGUUCCAAUGAAAAUUGAAGCAUACCACUUUUAUCGUUAGAUCUCUGCUAGUUCAGACACCAGAUUUUCUGCAAUAUUUUUUUUGUGAGAGGUUUUACUUUUUACGAAAUUGGAGCUAUAACCCCAAGAAUGGCUAGCAUAAUAAAAGAGAGCUAUUGUUGAGUUUAA